AUGACAUCACGAGCCGCUCAAGACUUUCAAAAACGUGGCUGGUGUUCUUUCCCAUUCACCGUUUCACCAAACGCCGUUUCCGAUAAUCCCUUUUCUCCGUUUGAUCUGAACGUUGAGUAUAAGCCUGAAGUCGAAAAGGAUCGAGCUUUAAUGGUUGAAACCAGUCUAGAAGUAGAAGAAGAUGAUGAUGGUGAUAAAGAGAAUAUUGAUCCUUUAGAUGGAGAAGAAGAUGGGAUUAUGUGUGAUGUAUGUCAAAGUAUAGACGGUGAUCCAUAAAACCCAAUCGUGUUCUGCGACGGUUGCGACUUAGUGUUCCAUGCUUCUUGCUAUGGUAACCCUUUGGUUAAGGCUAUACCAGAAGGUGACUGGUUUUGCGGACAGUGUAUUGCGUCAAGGUCGUUGAAGAAGAGAGAGAAGAUGUUCUCUUGCUGCUUGUGUACAACCAAAGGUGGGGAGAUGAAACCGACAAAGGAUGGUCGAUGGGCUCACAUCACAUGCUCGUUGUUUGUGCCGGAAGUCUACUUUGAGGAUCCUGAAGGAAGGGAAGGGGUUUGUUGCAGCGAGAUACAGAGUAAGAGAUGGGAAGAUGUGUGUUAUUUGUGCGAGAUUAGAGGUGGGUGUGUUAUAGAGUGUUCUGAGAUGAAGUGUGAGUUGGGGUUCCACGUUACUUGCGGGUUGAAGGAAGAUCUUUGUGUUGAGUACCGUGAAGGGAAGAAGAGUGGUGGUAUUGUUGUUGGUUUCUGUGAUGAGCAUACUAAACUGUGGGAGAGGGUAAUAUUUGCAUCAUCAUAUACUUAUCUAUUUAGUUGUGUAAAAAAUGUGUAGGGAUUAGUUUUGAUGAUAAGUUUUUGUUUGUCAGCAACAGGAAAGUGGGACGUACAAGAUUGUUGCCAGAAAUUAAGAUAACGAGUUGCAGAAAGCUGGAAGGCCAGAAGCACUCUUUUACUUGCAACUCCAAGAAGUUUCAUGCUCGGCAAGUUUUAUGCUAUGUUCGAAUUGUUAUUAACUUGCAUAAGGCUAAAGCUUGAUCAAUCUAAUUCCUUUCUCAUUGUAUCCUUUUCUGGUUUAUGUCAUGAUGAUCAUUGACUAUAUUUUCUUUUGGAAGAUAGAUCAGGAUGUUGAUCAUCUUCUGCUCUUUACUCUGUGAUCGUAAAUCAAAUAAGAAACACUUUCUUGAAAUGCAUCCUUAUGAUUAAACCGUAGAAAAUAUAAUAAUCAAAGUACACUCAAGAGAUUAAUACCAUUUGACUAAAAUAAUUCAAUUGUUAAGGUAUUUAUCCAUCAGUAUAUCAGUAAUAAUUUGGUAAGCCUUUUCACUCGGAUGAUAAGGGUCAAAGAUCACAUGAGUCCCAAACAUGUAAAGGAGUAAGUUUGUUGCACAAAACAAUUAACUCAAUUCUUCAUGUACCACAGGUCCACAACAAUUGCAAAACCAUGUAUAAUAUAUUAUUAGUGUAUAGUGUGAAAGGUUUUUAGCUGUACAAAGCUAGUCACUUGGUCAAUAAGUGUUUAGUGAGAAUUUUUUUGAUGCUAGUAGCUACCAAAAACAGAUGAUUAUCAACUGCCAAGACACUGACGGAUGUUCAGAUAGAUCAGGAUAUUAAUUGGUUAUGUUCUGCUCUUCAAACUCAGACUUAACAAGUUCAGUCAUUUUACUGUCUCAAUCAUGUUUGAAGCAUUGCAUUAGAUUCAAAGAGGCAUGUUUUUUUUCUUGAGAGCAUGUUAACCGAAAUAUAAUGCUGAUAACCUAACCGGAAUCUCAUACCAAUAAUCUGAUUUAACAAAAGGCAUUGGUGCCGCCGCCUCGAAACAAACAGAGAUCGAGAAUUUCUCCGACCAUCAGA